AGGGGAGGGAGCAGGCAAAAGCUAUAAAUGGAUUUAAACAAAUGCUGUAACUUCAAAUUUACCCUAAUUUUAAAGAGCACUAAAACCCACGUCUGGUGCCUCCUAUCCUUAUGACUUCUUGCUGACUCCGGUAAUCUGAUGGUUUAUUCUGAAAUCUGUUUUGAAAUCUCUCUUCCUUUCCAACAAACGAGACCUAGGAGCCGGCACUCUCAUCAGUUCUGUCAUAUGCACAUGCAAAAGCAUCCUUCUGUGACACCUGAAGCUUUCAUUAAUAAAUGAGUAAAGGGGAGAACAUCUGCUGUCUAGAAGUGAGGAUCAGAAGUCCCUUUAUAGACAUGGGAAUCAGGCUCUUAAUUUCCCGAAGUGCUGUGGCUGUGUAUUAAAACAAACGUUCUCUAAUUCCCUAUGACUUCAAGCCUGCAUCUAUUGAUAUGUCCUGUGAAGGAGACCUUGAAGUUGGCAAAGGUGAACAGGUGACAAUAACACUGCCAAAUAUUGAGGGCUCAACUCCACCAGUGACUGUGUUCAAGGGCUCAAAGAAGCCUUACCUAAAGGAAUGUAUCUUAAUUAUCAACCAUGACACUGGAGAAUGUCGCCUGGAGAAACUUAGCAGCAACAUCACUGUGAAAAAAACCAGAGCUGAUGGAAGCAGUAAAGUUCAGUCUCGCAUAGAGCAGCAGCAGCAGCAAAUGCGAAAUGCAACCAAGGCUCCAAACAACAUAAAAAAUUCUCCACCAAAAGAAAAGAUGUUUCCAUCUUCUCCUGUGGAUGAUAUUGAACGAGAGUUAAAAGCAGAAGCCAGUAUCAUGGACCAGCUGAGUAGCUCUGACAGUUCAUCUGACUCUAAAAGUUCUUCGUCCUCUUCAUCAAGUAGUGAAAAUAGUUCUAGUGAUUCUGAAGAUGAGGAAAUGAAGCCCUGUCUUCCUCUGUCAAUGCCAUAUUUGCAGUCACAGCCUACUGUGUCUGCCAUACCACAACAGGCUGUCCCUGACAAAGAUGCCAGUCAUAACAGAUCCCAAGAGAGCAGUGGUCAUAUGAUGAAUACACUACGAAAUGACUUGCAGCUGAGUGAAUCUGGAAGCGAUAGUGAUGACUGAACAAAUAUUUGGCCUUAAUGUAUCACCUUUUUUGCUAAAUAUGUCUUAGCAUCUGUUUUGCACUAAGGUUAGAUUACCAGAGACUGGAAUGAAUGUCCUCAAUUUUGAUAAUAGACAUCCUAAUUUUCUACUGACACAUCAUGUCUAUAAUACAGCAGCAUUGAUAUCCUGUCAGUGCUAUGGUUAUGUGUUUAUCUUUCAAGUUACUGUAUUUACAGUAAAAUUGUAUAUGAUCUGAUUUUGAUUAUUUUUGCCUCAGCCACCUGUUUUACUUGAAACUGAUUUGUAACAGCUAGUUACUUUAUAUAAAUAGUUAUGAAAUGGAGAAAUUUCUGAUAUUUAUGGAGGCAAGUUUCCUUCCUAUCAUUUAAAUGCUGAAUGCUGACCUCACAACUUUUACUUGGAGGGAGUGAAAGGGAGAACAACUAAAUGAGGUCUGCUGUGUCAGCUAUGCUUUUUGUUCUGUUCACAGUUCAUACCUUUAAGGAAACUGCUGAAUAAUGUGGUCCACUAGUGCAGUUACAGUUUACAAUUGUUCAACACAUUGCUGAAUUCCUAAUUUCAUUGUAUUAUAGGACUUUAUAUUUCUGAGCCUCAAGAUUCCCAAGGGAACUUGUCUAUUCUCUGCCUUUUUUAUGUAACUUGAAUAGGUGGGUCUUUUUGCAACCUUUUUGUAUCUAAAUUUAGGUAACUGCAGAGACAGCAAUGAAUUUCCUUCAUUUGAUUCUGUAACGGAAAUCAGAAAAUUUCUUUGUAGGAGUAUAAAAGUAAUUUAAUAAAGCAAUAUUUAUCAUU